AUGCAAAUCACCUUCCUCCGCGGGUUUUUGUCCCUCGGGGCAGCACUCUGCUUGCUGCUUGGCGAAUUCUCCCCAGCAGCAGCAGCAGCAGCAGCAGACGCAGCAGCGGCAGACGCAGCACCACGAGGUGACGAAGCUGCCGCCUUGCCACCAGCUGCUGCAGCGGGCAGAGCCCCUGCAGCAGCAGCAGGAAGGCGACCAGCAGCAGCAGCAGCAGCAGCGCCCGGGGGCUCGAGAGUCACCUGGAGCGGCGCCGGAGGUCUUCCCCCUUUUGCUGCUGCAGCACAGAGGCCCCAGCAGCACUUUGCUACUGCAGCAGAAAAGCCUGUUUUCCCGGGCUCUUCAACAACAACAACCCCACCCCGCAGCAGUGUGGUUUUGGGCAGCACCGACGAGGGGGAGGAGCAGCAGGACUUCUUGCACUUGCGGCCUGAGCAGCUGCAGCUGCUGCGCGAGCACCUGCAGCAGCAGCGGCAGCAGCACCAGCAGCAGCAGCCGCCGCAGCAGCCGCAGGAGCAGCAGCAGCAGCAGCCGGCCGGGGAGAGUGGCUCUGUGGGCGUGCUGAGCCGGGGCUUUCCAGCAGCAGCAGCAGCAGCCCCUCGGCCAGUGGGGGGAGACAGAGCAGCAGCAGCACCACCAGCAAACCCCCCCGAGAUCAACAGGCUGCCGCUCCCAAGCAGCGGCAGCAGCAGCAGCAGCAGCAGCAGCAGCAACGGCAGCAGCAACCGACCUCUGUGGAGGCCCGCCACCCCCAGCCCCAGCCCCCCCAGCCGCUGGGAAAGGCCGCUGCCGCAGGCGCCGAGAGCAGCAGAUGCUGCUGAAGAAGACAGCGACAGCAGCAGCAGCAGCAGCAGCAGCAGCAGCAGCAGCAAUAGUGAAAGCGACAGCGACAGCGACAGCGGCAGUGAUGCAGCAGCUGUUGAAGACCAUCUUCCGCAUGAUUACCUCGGCGGUCUACCAGAGGGCGAGACUUUGUCCGAAGACCUCCGAGAGAUCCUUAUGCAAGACGGCCGCACUUUGACAGUUUUGUCUUUUAAAGUGAAAGGCAACGGCAGGGCCAUCAGCAUCUCCUUUUUAUCUGCCUGGUCUCUCGCAGUUGAAAUCCGAGGAGAGAUUGAUAGAGAAACUCUCAUUCAACUUCUUGUCUCUUCCGUCUCCAAGGCCUGCGAGUCCGCCGAACACACUAAAGACGGAGUCUUUACUGACGAACUUUCUCUUGACCACGGACUAGUGGAUGUGGCGGUGGAGUGCGUAGUGAGGCCUAAGAGGGGAUCGAGCGAUCCCAUCGAUCCCGAGAGCCCACAAGUCGAUCCCAUCGAUCCCCAGGCCCCACAAGAGAGCGAUCCCGUCGAUCCCGAUGCCCCACAUGAAAGCGAUCCCGUCGAUCCCGAGACCCCACAUGAAAGCGAUCCCAUCGAUCCCGAGGCCCCACAGGAGGGAGAAGCCGGGCUAGGAGACGCAGGCAGCGAACACGAAGUUCGCCCUCCAAGGCCGCCGCCGCAGCAGCAGCAGCAGCCAGAACUGCCCGCCGAGGGCGAGCAGCAGCAGCAGCAGCAGCAACCCCAGCAGCGCCCGCCUCGCCCGCCGCAGCAGCAGCAGCCGGGCUCCUUGCCUCAGCCCCCGCAGCAAGGCGACAGCGAGCAGCAGCAGCAGCAGCAGCAGCAGGAUCAAGAGCGGCGGAAGCGGCUUAGAGCAGCAGCAAACUUCAGGAGAAGCGCAGUGGCUGUCUUGAUGAGGUCUAGGGGCUCGCAGCAAGUUGAAGACCUCUUCGAGCUAGUCAGCCGUUUCGCCAUCUAA